GUUCACGUUCACAUUCCAAAAAAUAUGUGUGUAUUACGGUUGAUCCUUCUCCUGGUUUUAGCCUCAUUUUCUUAUGGUUUAUCUGAUCUGGAACCGCGUAUUGUAAACGGCACAACAGUGGAUAUAGCUAGGCAUCCGUAUAUGGUAUCAUUACGUUAUCGCCGGAAUGCCGAAUCGAGUUAUAUGCACGAAUGUGCUGGCAUCAUAUAUAACGAAUGGUCAAUAGUCACUGCGGCUCAGUGUCUACACAAUUUACAAGAGGGCACAAAAAUCCUAGCAGUGGUUGGUGCCAAUACCCGUAAUGCCAGCGAUGGCAUUGUCUAUCCCGUUGCCAAUUGGACCUAUCAUUCGGACUUUGACUACUAUACAGCCGACUAUGAUAUUGGCGUAGUACUUCUGGAUACGGCCUUAAAUUUUACACGAUCAAAUGUUAAAGCAAUUGGCUUGAGAGCCGAGCGUCCAGCCACCGGACGACUGGCCACUGUUGCCGGUUGGGGUUAUCGUGAGGAGGGAUCACAAAAUAGUUAUUAUUUGGAACAGGUUCAGGUGCCAAUUGUCAGUAUGGAACAGUGCACUAACAUCUAUGGUGUGGGUGAGGUUACCGAUCGCAUGGUUUGUGCCGGUGAUGUAACGAACGGAGGGAAAGAUGCCUGUCAAGGAGAUACUGGUGGACCUUUGGUGAUUGAUGACCAACUGGUCGGUUUGGUCUCCUGGGGACGUGGUUGUGGCCGAGUGGGUUAUCCCACUGUAUAUACUUUUGUUACGAGUCUAAAGAGCUGGAUCGAUGAGACCCUGGCAGCAGCUGGAGCACUAUAAAUGCGCUGAUUAGAGCUGUUUUGCUAUCGCUUUGAGUGGCGAUUACGUUUGACCAUAAAUAAAACUAAAAACUACAAUCAAA